AGGUGUUCCGCCAUAUCGUCCACAUCUAGGGCCACCCGCUGCAACGUAGAGUCUUCGCUGGAGUUGAACGUCUCCUGGUGCUGAUAGCUGCAACGAAAAAAUCGAAAUUAGCAUGCAAAACACACUCCAAAGAGGGAGUAUAAAAGCCCUAGUCCGUGGGCAUUCCAUGAUUAGUACGAGAAUGAAAGUUCUACUAGUGUCACUGUCGCUUGUGUCUCUUGUGGCCCUGUGCCUGGGGGAACGUCUAACCUUUACGGAUCAUCGUGUGUAUCGGUUAGAGCCAAAGACCGAAGCUCAGUUGGAGGGUUUGCGACCAUUGGAGGCCACGAACGAGAGAAUCACCUUCUUGAAUGAUCUUCAUCUUGGUGCCUUUAAUGUGCUGAUUUCUCCCAGCUACAAUGAAGAGUUUUUGCAGCUGCUGAAGAGCUUGAAACUCGCCCCAGAGCUGCUUGAUGCGAAUGCACAGGAGAGUCUCUCGCUGGAUAUCGAACCCGUGGCAGAUGCAAAUCGUCGCAGCGAUGACUACUCCUGGACGGAGUAUCACGAACUGAACGACACCCAUAGCUGGAUGCAGCAGCUCGUGGAGAAGAACCAAGGCAUUGUCAGCACCUUUGUGGCUGGCCGCAGCUACGAGGGAAGGGAGCUACUCGGACUGAGGAUCAGCCACAGUGCUGGGGUCGAACGGCAGGCCAUUUUUUUGGAGGCAGGAAUGCAUGCCAGGGAGUGGAUAAGUCCAGCCACUGCCACAUACUUUGCGAACCAAUUGCUUAGCUCCCAGCAGCCCGAAAUCCAGAGCCUAGCCCGAUCCUACGUUUGGUACAUACUGCCCCAUGCCAAUCCCGAUGGUUAUGUCUACACUCAUUCCACGAAUCGAUUGUGGCGCAAGACACGAAGUCCGCAGGAGAAAAACUGCAUGGGAAGCGAUCCCAAUCGGAACUGGGGCUUCCACUGGCGCGAGGUGGGUGCCAGCGAUGAGCCCUGCUCGGAGUCGUAUGCCGGACCCAAGGCCUUCUCGGAGCCCGAGACGGAGUCCCUGUCGCAGUAUCUAAUGUCCCUGCCAGAGCCCGUGUUCAUGUACGUCUCGCUGCACUCCUUCUCCCAGCUGCUGCUCUAUCCAUACGGACACACCUCCGCGCUGCCUGAGAACCAUCGCCAGUUGGAGCGCAUCUUCUCUGCCGCUUUGGGUGGCAUGAAGCGGCGAUUUGGCACACGCUACACGGGGGGGAGUGUCUACGAUGCCAUCUACCCAGCGGCUGGUUCCAGCAUGGACUGGGCCUAUGGUGUUCUCAAGACCAAAUAUUCCUUCACCUAUGAGUUGAGGCCUUCGGGCUACAGCUUCUGGACUGGUUUCAGGCUGCCAGCGUCACAGAUAAUACCCACGGGACAGGAGACAACGGAUUCGCUGGUGGAAAUGAUAAAGGCAGCCGCCUCCAUUGAGGGCUACAAAUUGCAAUAAAAAGUAAAGACUUUUGAAUGAAAAGAAGACUU